CUGUGUCAACACUGCCCGGCCUCUGAGUGCCUCCCGCUGCGCCUGCAAGUGGGGAGAGUGUCUCUGCUCCUGCAGGAGGGCUGCCAAGGGAAAUGAGUUCAUCCCUGUAUGAACAACGUCAAGGAGUGGCCACACCAGCACGAACUGAAAUAGCCAAGCUGCACCUUUGUCUCUGUAAAGGUCCAGAUGAAGUGAUCUUCUGCUGAGGGUCGCGGGAGGAGGGAGCUGCUGACAUCCCGCUGUACGCACACGGCUCUUCUCAGGCCUCAGGAAUGUCUUCUGAGCCCACUUCAUCCUCCUCGCAGCAGUCCCCCGCCUCUCCCCCCUCGCCCAGCUCCCUCCAUCUGCCCGAGAGCCGCCGGCCCAGGGAGCGCUCCCCGUCCCCCAUGAGGGGGUACCUCAUCCCCAGCCCGCUGCCCACCCGCCGCACCAGGACGUUUUCCGCCACGGUGAGAGCCUCGGAGGGACCCAUCUACAAAGGGGUCUGCAAGUGCUUCUGCCGCUCCAAAGGCCACGGAUUCAUCACCCCUGCGGACGGAGGGCCCGACAUCUUCGUGCACAUCUCGGACAUUGAAGGCGAGUACGUUCCCGUGGCAGGCGACGAGGUCACCUACAAGAUGUGCACCAUCCCUCCCAAGAACGAGAAGCUGCAGGCAGUGGAGGUGGUGAUCACUCACCUGGCCCCUGGCACCAAGCACGAGACGUGGUCGGGGCACAUCAUCAGCUCCUGAGUGUCCCCUGGGAGCGCAGCUGCUGCCGGCGUGGGCUCUGCUCAACAACUGGCUGCAGGGACCUGGCUGAAGAAUAUUGUGUGUGAGGAAAUACUGCAUUGUCAAUAAAGCAGAAGCAGGCCAAAAUUACAAUUUUUUACAGCUGGCCUGAUUAAAAAAAAAAAAAAAAAAAAGGCAAUUCAAAUGCUAAUGAAAAAAAUCUAGCAUAAUGUGUUUACAAGAAAUGUAUUUAAAGAGACCUAGUUUAUGUGCUUAGUGGAGGAUGGGAGGUUUGGGUUUUCUUUUAUCUUAUGAACUGAUUCCAGGAAAUGCCCAGGGGAAGGGGGAGAGGUUUCAAGGAGAGCUCUUCUGGUGCAGAUGGUCAAGCACACCUGAGCCCUGGGCAUUGUGUGAGCCUUGUGAUCCCUUGGGCUGCUCUUCCGUAGGGCUGCAGAACCUUUAUUGCUGAUAACAGUGCCUGAAUGCCUUGGCUGGAGAGACAGAGGUGUUCAUUGCUGAUUUGUUUUCCUCAUGGAAGGAAGUUCACAAACAGAGCAGUUGCCACAGGAUGGAAAAUCUCCAUCAGGUGGUUUUGCUCCAGUGCCCAUCAGGUGCACCACUGCAAAUGGUGUGGAAACUGUGUUGUGGUGGUAAAGCUGGGGCUGUUUGUGAAUUUACUUAGGUGCCUUGAUGGUUGAUUAGCAACAGAUUUUAUAGGCCAGUAUUAAAAAAAAAAAAAAAUCCCAUCCCAAAUUUAAAUUUGCUUCAAGGUAAGUGGUAGAAAAGUGUAGAAUAGUGGAUACUUCAUAGCUUCUGACUGUGUCUGAAUUCUGACAAGGCUGAAGAGUUGCCUUCUAGCCUGCAUACAGCUGACUGCCAUGGUGUGCCACUGGGCAGGCAGGACACCCCCCUGCACUGCUGCACAGCAGCUGUGGGCUGCCCAGGGGCCUGUCUGUUAAACUCUGUGUGAGUUACUCAACACGCUCAGCUGUCUUGGUGAAGUACAUUCUGCAUCUAUUUCCCUGGCAAACUUGGUAGGAUGUGAUAGGGCCACCCUUCCCCAAACUCUUCAUGUAGUUGUAGUGCUACUAAAUUGGUUUUGUUCCUAUUUGCCUUCCACAUAUUUUUUUCCAAAUGAAACAUUUUUCUCUGUUAUGUUCCUAACAGUGGAUUUUUAUUGACUUUGCAAAUAAAAAAAAAAAAAUCAAAAAAAAAGGGCACAACUCUUGUUAGUUGUAUGAAACAGUGCAGCUUCAGUUGUGUAUUUGGAGCUUCACCAAGAGGUGCUCGCUGUCAGGACAUGUCCUGAGCCUUUCACAGCAGCUAUCUGUUCCCAGGUGUGAUGUGGGGACAGCACAGGGGUGCGGGGCCAGGAGCUGCUGUGCUGGCUUGUUUUCCCUUUGCUGUACCUGUGUUACAUCACAGUGUAGUGGGGUUUGGGUUUGGUUUUGUUUUCUAUGACCCGUAAGACUUGGUAGUGGUGGGUUUAUCACUGUGCAGCUUGUUGGAAUAUCACUCCCUGCUUUCUUUACAAUAAAUGCAACCAUUUCAGUGCUUAAA